AUGGUUGCAAAAACUAAUCCUUGGGGUUUCGUCAAGAUAUUGGAUGUGGAUACGCUAUUUCUUGGGAUCCAUAAGCGGGCAAACAAAUUUUACGUUAUCUCUCCGACCUCUGAUCUCUCGAACUUCUACUUGAUAACAUUCCUGGGAGCGAACUCACUCUUUGGACGGGUGGCCUCAGCCCUCUUGAGCAGAACUCCCUCGGUAAGGACACUCAAGCUCUACGAUGAAGUGGACAAGCCUGAACUGGAGUCGACUAGCGUGCCGACCUGCUUGGUCCAAUGGCACCACGGCAAGGAGGAGCUUACCUUCGCUCUCGAGUCGCCGCUUCGUGGUCCUUCUAACGAGCAGAAUAAACACGCCAUUCCAACUCCGGACACCUCACCUUCGGAGAUCAAACCGAAAUGA